AUGUCCGAUCAGCCACCUCCAGAAAAACCAAAGGCUAAAAAUUUCAGUCAUUUACAGUCGGAACCUGUACCAAUAUCAUUCCUACCGCAACAAUUUUUAAAUCAACUCUCAGCUGGCAAUGGCAGUGUGUUUCCGAUGUCAGCGAUGAAAACACCAAACUAUGCACCAAUGCAAAUGGGUAAUCUCGGAAAUGACAAGAGCAUCGCAAGUCAGCAAACACAACACGCGGCUAGCAGUAGUACCUCUACUGCUCUCGCUCUUGUAAAACCAGCAUCAUCAGGCCCCCACUAUUUAAAACCAAUGCUCUCACAACCAAUUGAUACAAGCAUAUUUAAAGGCUUCAAAUUUGUCACCCUUGACGGAAUGCUUGUGGAAACUCGUGAUGUGUACGAUAAAAUCAGUGGAACAUAUCAAUGGGAAAUGUGCGAAAAUCAAGAUGAACGUUGCAUUAAUUUGAUACGCGACAACUUUGCCAAUAAACGAGUAUUUCUCAUAACGUCUGGAGGACUUGGACAAAAAAUUGUUCCCAAGAUCCAUGAAUUAGCGCAAGUUUAUGCGAUCUAUAUUUAUUGCGUAAAUGUAAAAUUUCAUUCUGAAUGGGCAAAAGAAUAUACAAAAGUCCGUGUUGUGAGUGAUAAUGAUGAUUCUGAUUUAAUUCCACAAUUUGCUGUUGAUGUUGCACAAGCAAAUAUUGAUUGGGGUAACGGCUUCCUUAAACAAGGCAACCGCGAAAAAGCCAAAGAAAAAUUCAAAUUAGCUUCGGAUAAAUUAAAUAAUUAUGCUCGUAAUCAUGAUCCAGCUAUGGACGUAGAAAUCAAAAACAAAUUAGAAGAAUGUAAAUAA